AUGACGGACGGUGUUCUUACUCAAAGGUUCUUGUCCAAUGACUUUCCGCUGCAGUUGUUCGAUAUUGAAAUCACGGACAUCCGUGAGCCUCCUCGCAAUGUAUCUCAACCAUCCUCGACUCUCACAACAAUCUACAUGUAUGAUACAGACAAGGCCUACUUCUGGCCGUGGAAUGGACGACGACUGGCGCGAAGAUGGCAGCUUACGGGGAUUGAACGCUAG